AAGAUGCUGCGGGAACGGACGGUGCGGCUGCUGUACGGGAGCCGCGUGGAGGCGGUGUACGUGCUGGGCACGCAGCUCUGGACCGAUGUGUACAGUGCAGCCCCUGCUGGGGCCAAAACCUUCAGCCUGAAGCACUCGGAGGGUGUGAAGGUGGAGGUGGUGCGUGAUGAGGAGGCUGAGGAGGUGGUCACUAACGGCAAGCAGCGCUGGGCCCUCUCGCCCAGCACCACAUUGCGGCUCAGCAUGGCCCAGGCCAGCACAGAGGCCAGCAGCGACAAGGUCACCGUCAACUACUAUGAUGAGGAGGGCAGUGCCCCCAUUGACCAGGCUGGGCUCUUCCUCACAGCCAUUGUGUUCCUGAAAGAAGGCAUGAAGAAAGGACUAUGCACAGAGCAGGGCAGCUGCCCUGACCGUCAGAAAGGCUCCUUCAAGGAGGGCCAGGCAUCCUGGACCUGGGGUCCUGAGGGCCAGGGGGCCAUCCUGCUGGUGAACUGUGACCGAGACACACCCUGGUUGCCCAAGGAGGACUGUAGUGACGAAAAGGUCUACAGCAAGCAAGACCUCAAGGACAUGUCUCAGAUGAUCCUGCGGACCAAAGGCCCUGACCGCCUGCCCGCAGGGUAUGAAAUAGUCCUCUACAUUUCCAUGUCGGACUCGGACAAAGUGGGCGUGUUCUACGUGGAGAACCCAUUCUUCGGGGAGCGUUACAUUCACAUCCUGGGCCGGCGGAAGCUCUACCACGUGGUGAAGUACACAGGUGGCUCUGCGGAAUUGCUGUUCUUCGUGGAAGGCCUCCGCUUCCCCGACGAGAGCUUCUCAGGCCUGGUUUCCAUCCAUGUCAGUCUGCUGGAGUAUAUGGCUGAGGCCAUCCCGCUGACGCCCAUCUUCACAGACACUGUGACGUUCCGGAUUGCACCGUGGAUUAUGACCCCCAACGUCCUGCCUCCCCUCUCAGUGUUCGUGUGCUGCAUGAAGGAUAAUUAUCUGUUCCUGAAAGAGGUGAAGAACCUGGUGGAGAAAACCAACUGCGAACUGAAAGUCUGUUUCCAGUACAUGAAUCGCGGAGACCGCUGGAUCCAGGAUGAAAUCGAGUUUGGCUACAUUGAGGCGCCCCACAAAGGCUUCCCAGUGGUGCUGGACUCCCCUCGAGAUGGAAGCCUGAAGGACUUCCCCAUUAAGCAGCUGCUGGGCCCAGAUUUCGGCUAUGUGACCCGGGAGCCCCUCUUUGAGAAAGUCACCAGCCUCGACUCCUUUGGGAAUCUGGAAGUCAGUCCCCCAGUGACAGUGAAUGGCAAAACAUACCCUCUUGGCCGGAUCCUCAUCGGGAGCAGUUUCCCUCUGUCUGGAGGCCGGAGGAUGACCAAGGUGGUACGUGACUUCCUGCAGGCCCAGCAGGUGCAGGCGCCCGUGGAGCUCUACUCCGACUGGCUGACCGUAGGCCAUGUAGAUGAGUUUAUGACUUUCGUUCCCAUCCCAGGCACAAAGGAAUUUCGGCUGCUCAUGGCCAGCACCUCAGCCUGCUACCAGCUCUUCCCCCAGAAGCAGAAGGAAGGCCACGGAGAGGCCAUUAUGUUCAAGGGCCUUGGGGGCAUGAGCAGCAAACGCAUUACCAUCAACAAGAUCCUGUCCAAUGAGAGCCUCACGCAGGAAAACCAGUACUUCCAGCGCUGCCUGGAUUGGAACCGUGACAUCCUCAAGAAGGAGCUGGCACUGACUGAGAAGGACAUCAUUGACCUGCCCGCACUGUUCAAGAUGGAUGAAGACCGCCAGGCCAGGGCUUUCUUCCCUAACAUGGUGAACAUGAUUGUGCUGGACAAGGACCUGGGCAUCCCCAAGCCUUUCGGGCCCCAGGUGGAGGAGGAGUGCUGCCUGGAGACACACGUUCGAAGCCUCCUUGAGCCCCUGGGUCUUGCCUGCACGUUCAUCGACGACAUCUCUGCCUACCACAAGUUCCUGGGAGAGGUGCACUGUGGUACCAACGUCCGCAGGAAGCCCUUCACCUUUAAGUGGUGGCACAUGGUGCCCUGACUGGCAAGGGCCUUGGCCCUUCCUCCUCCCCUGUAAUCUCCAGGCCCUUCCUGUGCUCCCCCCAAGUCCUUCCCUUUCAAGAAGUGGGUGGGAUUGGGGGUACUUGUGCCUUGCUGUCCUUGGAUAAGGGCCUCAAUGUCCACUGCAGUCACCCUUGGUAAGCCUAACCAUCCCCCCUGAAAAUAGAUGGACACACGGCUAGUGUGCAGAGCUCUGGCAGGGAAAACCAGACUUCCAGAAAUCAUGUAGUCAGACUGGCCCUCAAGAAUUCUCAGCCUCUAUUCUAGAUCAGAAUGAAGGCAGAAAGAAAGGAGGCUCUGAGAUCGUUGGCUCUUCCAGCACCAUGAUGGAACUGAUGUUCAAGACAGACAACAAGGACAGGGUCCAGGGUCCUGGUAAACCCUGAACAGCACCAUCAUUUCACAUUUGCCUCCCUCGGGGCCUCCUGGGGGCUCCCUCCAACAUUCAUUCCUUGCAUCCUUCACCCUCUCCUAUCUUCCUGUACACAGAGUCCCCACUCCCUGAGGGUCCAAUCUUUCCACCUAGAAUCUUCUGGAAAUAGUUCUUCACUUGCUGUGGAUACAGGCUGCCCAAAUUUGGGGGGGGGGGGCUCUCUCCACUGAAUUGCCUCCGUGGUCCAAAGUACAGUAUGUAAAG